UAACCCACCUCGAACAAUGCGCGAGCCGAGAAAUAAGCUGGCGCGUGUACAAUGGCUCAGGAAGAAGCCGAAGGCAACAAUGGCCCAACCUCACCCCCAUCACCGCCUCCACCACCUCUGCCGCCCCGCCGAAAGCCCUCAAUGGAAGGUUCCAUUCAGGUAGCACCUGCUCAGUCUAAGCCAACAACAGCUGUCUCGUCCAUUGAUAUCUCGACCCUCUCAUUUCCUGAUGGAUCACGAGGCACCUUCUCUACGAACACAACGAGAGCCGUUUCAUCCCCUGUUGGGAGUGGAUAUGCAACACCAAGUCGGAACGGCACGGCUGCCAGCGACCUCGCCGACGCCAUGAGCGUCAUGAGUUUUGCGCCUACUUUGCGACCCCCCGGCGAUCUCGCGAGCCUUGUUGCGGGAGAGCUUAAUAGGAAAAGCCGUGCUUGGAACUUCCUCCGGUCGCAGUCCGAAACCGUCCAGCCGUUCGAGAGUAUUGAGCUGGGCGCUCCUGGUAAUCUCGCCGGCUUUGAACGCGAGUUUGACGAGAUCCCAGACGACACGACGGAUGAUGCCAGGCUCGCUAUCUGGAAAUCCAAGAUGAAGCAUUACAUGAUCCUUUCGUCUGCCGGGAAGCCCAUCUACAGCCGUCAUGGCGACCUGAGCCUCGUCAACUCGUAUAUGGGCGUGGUGCAGACCAUAAUCUCGUUCUACGAAGGUGCGAAGAACCCCCUGUUAGGCUUCACCGCCGGCAACGCAAGAUUUGUUAUUGCCAUCGAGGGGCCUCUUUAUUUCGUAGCCAUCAGCAAGCUGGGCGAAAGCGACGCCCAGCUCAGGAGCCAGCUUGAAGCCCUGUACAUGCAGAUAUUGUCUACCUUGACCCUCCCCACACUCAAAAACAUAUUUGUACACCGUCCCUCAACUGAUCUCAGGAAACCCCUGGAGGGUACCGAAUCUCUCCUGUCUUCUCUGGCCGACAGCUUCACUAAGGGUUCCCCAUCCACGCUUCUCGGCGCGCUCGAAUGUCUGAGGUUGAGAAAAUCCCAGCGUCACUCAAUAAAUAAUAUUUUCCUCAAGAGUCGCAGCGAGAAGUUACUUUAUGGACUUAUAGUUGCUGGCGGAAAGCUAGUCAGCGUUAUCCGGCCACGGAAGCACUCGCUCCAUCCGAGCGAUCUCCAGCUAAUCUUCAACAUGCUCUUCGAGUCAGGCGGCAUCAAGUCUGGGGGAGGUGAGAGCUGGAUUCCCCUUUGCCUCCCGGCCUUCAACAACCGUGGCUACCUUUACAUGUACGUUAGCUUCUUUGACGGCAAGCAAGAACUGCCCCCUACCGCGGAAUCAGCCGAGCCAGCCGAGCCAGCCAAAGAGCCUCCACUACCAACCGAAGAUAUCAACAAGGUCGCCGCGACCACCGGGGAUAGCAAUCGAGCUGAAGAGGAGAUUGCCAUCAUUCUGAUAUCCCCCGACAAAGAGUCGUUCUAUGAUCUCAAAGAAAUGCGCGACAGGCUCGCCGCCCAGCUGACCAAAACCGGAAGCCUCGCCCUCAUCCGCACCGCCGCCCGCCAGGCGCGACCCAAGAUCCAAUCCAUCACCCCGGGCGCCGAGAUAAGCCACUUUCUCUACAAAUCGCGCGCAAACGUGCAGUUUUGCAUGUCCUCCCUCGAACCCGCCUUUUCCAGUCCAUCCGCAUCUCCAUCUCCGUCCCUGUCCCAGGGGCAUAAACAACUGGCAACGGCAGAGAAGAUGGUCGCCCGACGCAGGUUGAUGUCUGUCUAUCACGAACUUCACGCCUCCAUGCACUCAAAGCAUUCGCAUCUCAAAGUUCUCCAUGCCGUCGGCGAGGAUGCGGCCAGUUUAGCGUGGAUAACGCCGGUGUUUGAGUUCUACUGCGUCGCCGGACCGAAUGUCUCGCGCGUGGCCAUGACUCAGGGGGCGAAUCGCGUGGUUCAAUGGGCUAAGAAGGAGGAGGAGCGGCUGUUUAUCAUUGGUGGCGGUGUUUUUUGAGUAUCACUUGUUUGGUUUGUUGGUGAUCUGAUGAAUGAUGGCAAUGAUACUUAGAUGAUGAGUGAUGAUCUUGGAUAUGGAGUAGGGGUGUCGGAAAGCAGUGAGCACUUGGGUGCUUGAGGCAUGCUAUCGUGGCUGAGUGACAAGGGGAAGUGCUAGUCAGAACGGACAGUAGGUGAUGAGAAUAAUAUAUAUCUGUCGCUCAAGUCCUUCUGGGAGCAUUCCCUACGGUGACGUGUGUCUCAUCACCUCACAACAGGAUCUGGGCAAUUUGGAAGCCAUCAAGUUCAUGAGUGGGAUUUCUCCUAGCG